AGGUCACGUGGUCGGAAAUCAGCGACUGCAGGCUGGAGUUUGUCUGGAAGAUUCACACAGGAGGGAGAUUUCUCCGAGCAGAGAACAUGGAUUUUAUGACAGAUCGGGAUGUGCAAAAGUACCUGGAGGAGGGGUACGUGGUUCUGGACGGGCUGCUGACCCCCCAGGAGUGUGAUGAGCUGAGGCAGAGGAUGGGGGACAUGGUGGAGGAGAUGGACGUCCCCCAGCACUGCCGCACCACCUUCUCCACCAACCACGACGAGCAGCUCAAAACUCAGGGAAACGCAGACUAUUUCAUCACCAGUGGAGACAAGAUCCGCUUUUUCUUUGAGAAAGGAGUUUUUGACGACAAAGGGGACUUCAUCGUACCAAAACAAAGGUCGCUAAAUAAAGUCGGACAUGCACUGCAUGCCUAUGAGCCGUUGUACAAAAAGGUGACACAUUCACCCAAAGUCCAGGGCUUAGCGAAGAAGCUGGGCCUCAUCAGUCCUGUGAUACUGCAGAGCAUGUUCAUCUUCAAGCAACCAGGGAUUGGUGGAGAAGUGACGCCACAUCAAGAUGCUACCUUUCUGUACACGGAGCCUCUGGGCAGAGUGACGGGUCUGUGGAUCGCUCUGGAAGACGCCACCGAGAACAACGGCUGCCUGUGGUUCAUCCCGCGCUCUCACAACAGUGGUAUAUCUCGGCGUAUGGUGCGUACCCCUAAAGGCACGUAUCCCAUGACUGACUUCACCGGGCGAGAGCAGACCUACGAUGAACAGAAGUUUCUCGUUGCUCCUGUUAAGAAAGGAAGUGUGGUCCUGAUCGACGGGGAGGUGGUGCACCGCAGCGCUGAGAACACCUCGGAGGAUUCCCGUCACGUCUACACCUUCCACAUCAUGGAGAGCCAGGACACCCGCUGGAACCCCGACAACUGGCUGCAGCCCACUGAAGAGCUCCCGUUCCCGCAGCUCUACACUAAAUGAUGACAUGUUGGGCUGCAGUUCAUGGACAGACCUGAAGGAGGCACCAACACGUUUGAACCACAGAUAAGAGACAUUUCUCUGAAGCUACAGUACAUGAAGGCUGCUUUCAGGCAAAGUCACAACUGAAUCAAUGGUGACUCACAUCUUUUUAAAUAGGACGUUUUUGUAAAAAUGAAUUUGAGAUAACGUUUCUAACAGCUGACAUUUAGGUCUACUUUUAUUCAGCAAAUCAAACAUUGUCAAAUGUGUGUCAAAACAAGACGGUAGAUUCCUUUUUAUUUUUAUUUUGCAGACAACAGUAAGCAUUGCUAUUUUCAAGUAUGUUCAUGUUAAGAUGAAAUGAAAAAAAAAAAAAUGUAUUUUUGACUGGAUUAUCAAUCACAACAUUCAAACCUUUUUUGUCCAUUUUAAAAUUAAACUGUGAAACCAAAAGACGUGUGUGUGUUCUCUCACCGUCAGUCACACAGGUCCUUCUCUUUUCUCAAAUGUACUAAAAUAGGAGACAUAACAAUUGUAUCUACCUUUUUGAUGCACUCAACAUGCAAUAUUACAUAAGAAAUGUAAGGAUGAUGUAAAAGUAACAGUAGUAUCAUGCUAAUAAAUAAAAAAACACCAAAUAACUUUUACAGAUGAUCAAAUACCAUAAGGCUGUAAAUGAAUUCAUGCUGAAAACAUGUUUCAGGUUAUAAUCUGAAGCAUCCUCAUCCAAAACGAUGAGAUUAAACCUGACGAGGAUAUGUAUGUAAAGCAUAAUGAAAGUUGCUAAAAAGAAAAAGGCCUUUGUACAUCAUUUUUGACCAAAGCACAUCUACAAACUCCGACAAUAUGCAAGGUUUGAAGGCUCAGUCUCAGAGGAAAUAUUUAUAUUAAGUGUACCUUUAAAUGGGUCCCAUCAAACCUCAAAGAAAACCAUACUGCAGAAUACCUGUGUACAUGUUACAGUACUGAUAUCACAUUAGUGUCAUGCAAGAGCAAAGUAGAUUUCUGCCGUAUUGAAGUAUAAAUCAGCCCUUAUAAAGAGAGGGGCUGCCAUGCGUUCAUCUACAUAAUGUGUGAUAGAAAAUAUACUUCUUAAGGCAAAUACUCUCAGCAGUAUUCCUUCAUAUUGCCGUCGGGGAGACAAAAUAACAUUAAGAAAAAGACUACGCUAACUUUAAAUAAUGUUCUUCAAAGGCAAUACAAAGGUAUCCAUUAGCAAAAGGGGAACAAGAUAUUGAUCAUUGGUGAUUCGUAAUGUGCCGCUAGCAGCAUCUGUACCGUCCAGAAGUGUUUAAGGAAAUUUUUCCCACUUUGCUAAUCCCCUGUUGCAUAAUUCAGGAGGUUUGGUGUCAUUUAUUCUGCAAUGCUCGUCUUAUUCCUUAAAGUAACUGGUAUAGAAAUGACUUGUGAUGUGAGGGCCGCAGAUUCUAAUGUCACGGGAGACCUGAUAGGAAAGUGAGAACACUCAAAUGUAUCUCGUUAUUCAUUCUCUUCGUCUGAUCCAAAUGCUUUUCUCCCAUUGAACAGAUAAAAAAAAAGGACGGGUACAAACAAAUCUACGGUUCUUGUUCCUUAUCUGUGAAAAAAGGUGGUGGAAAUGUUUCGCCACAGAACCUUUUUUUCCAGCUGAUAAAUAUUGUUUUUUUAGAACUUCAGAAAGAUUUGUACUGGUCCUUAAAUCAUAAAGACAGGAGCAACUGAUUAAAAAUGGAUCGCCAAAACGUUUCUCAUUUUCCUAUCAGCUCUUUACUAUUGAAUUAUUUCGUGCCCCAUUUGUUUGUUGACAUUACAUUUAUCCGGCUGUCAGUCCGUUACCUUUCUUUUCUUGUGCUGAUCAGUCAACUGAUAAAGGGAUUUCUGUUACUAAAUUAAUAUCUUUC